UUUGGUCCACUUCCAUUCCUAAGAGUUGUAAAAAAUAUUGUGAUUCCUUCACUACUUUCACCUAGAAUAGAAAAUGCAACCAGACUUUGAGCUUGUUCUUUAUGUUGAGAAGGUUCCAGAAUAUGAUUGACUAGAUCUUUUUCAUAUUCUAAUACUGACCAGAUGUUAAUUAUUGUGGAGACUCUUUGUUUACUUUUACUGCAUAGCUUGAGCAAGAAUAAUUUCUAGUUCCUUUUUGAAUUAGUUCAAGGAAAUAUGAGAUGCUGAUAUUUACAUUCAUAUCUACUGCUUGAUAGAGAGGCCUUUCUUCAUUAUCAUUUGUUCUGGAAAAGCUGAGUUCUGCCAUUGAAGAACAUGGGUCCAGGGAAAGUUCAUCACAACAUGAAAGAGUACCACAAUCAUAAUUAAACAAAGUUAUAAGUUCAUAUUUUUCUUGGAAAAAAAUUAUUUUUUUAUCAAUCUCAAACAAUUCAUCUACUCUAUACAAGUUUCCGCUGUUGAUGAGUCUCUACUUUGUGUUCCUUGUAUGCUUAUGGAUGCUUUCAGUAACAUAUAUGAACUUUAUGUCCUUGUUUUUUCAGACAUGCUGGUUUUCUUAAUCUGAAAUUUGACAUUGAUUCUUUGACACAACAUUUUGAUUCAUGCAGGGACUUCAUGCACAUUGUUCUUGUUCACUAUCUUGAAGUCAAGGGUCAUAAACCGAGUUUCAGCCGCAAUAGAGAAGUUGAAGAUGUUCCCCAGGAUAACCAGGUGGAUAGUCCUGUCUCUUCUAAUUCCAUCACAAAUCAUAGUCAGCUGCCUUCACAAGCAACAGAUGUUGAAAGCCCUAUUAGUCUACACACUUCAGAGUAUGAAGAUGCUGAAUCAGCAGAUAAUUAUCCAACAAGUUCCAGAUACCACCCUUUCGUUAAGAUGCAGCAGUAUGAUGAUGGACAAAUGACGGGUGUUCAAUUUGUGGACUCUUAUGUUCCAGAUCCUUCCAUAGAUAGUCAAUGUGGUUUUCAGGAAAUACAUGAUGCUGAACCUAAAUCAGAUUUUUAUUCAGUUACUCAAGAGGACAUAGGUAGGGUAUUUAAUGAAACAGGUCUAGGGUUGACAUUUAUUGGGUCUAAAACACAGUUAGAUCUGGCAUCAUGGGAAGAAGUCCUAGAACAUUGUGCAACAUCACAUCAGAUGCCAUCUUUCCAGUCAUCAGCUGGUAUUACAGAGGUUACGACAGAGGAAAUUAGUAGUAAACAAACUUCUGUACAUGCAGACCUAUAUGCAGAGAAUCCUGGUACCAGGCAAGAUGACUCCAUUAUAUCAGACAAAUUUGAGUGGCAGCUUUCUAGUGCUGACACUGAUUCAGCUAUUAUAUCAACUAUUAACAUGGAAAAUGAGACUUCCAUUGAUGGAAGUGAUAAAUACACUUCCCUGGUAAAACAACCAACAUUGGACCUCUCCAGAGUACAAACUGAAGGCCUAAAGAAGUAUGAUAGCUUCUCAAGGUGGAUGAGCAAAGAGCUUGGAGAGGUUGAUGAGUCACAUACAAAAUCCAGUUCUGGAGCAUACUGGAGUGCUGUUGGAAGUGAUGGCAUUGUUGAAGAUUCUAGCAUUUCAAAUCAUGAGCCUUUGGAUGCAUAUAUAAUGAGCCUCUCACUUUCACAGGAUCAGCUUUUCAGUAUAAUUGAUUUCUCUCCAAACUGGGUCUAUGCUGGCUUGGAGACUAAGGUUUUAAUUAUUGGGACAUUCUUGAAGACUCAAGAUGUAGAAAAUUGUAAAUGGUCAUGCAUGUUUGGGGAAGUUGAAGUUCCAGCAGAGGUUGUAGGAGAUGGUAUUCUUAGUUGCCAUGCUCCUCCACAUAAAUCUGGAAGGGUUCCUUUUUAUGUGACCUGUUCCAACAGGUUGGCUUGUAGUGAGGUGAGGGAGUUUGAAUUCCGUGUAAGUGAUCCACACUGUAUAGAGAAUAUAGAUUCCUGCAGUAAUAACACAUAUGAAAUGCUUCUUCAUAUGCGUCUUGAUAAGUUACUGUCUCUGGGGCCACUUGACUCCCAAAGUUUAGAUUAUAGGAAGAAAGCUCAUUUGGGAGGUAAAAUCAGUUUAAUUAAAAUGGAAGCUGCUGAUGAUACUCUGCCUAAAAUAAGUCAAGAAAAUGGGUAUUCUGCUGACAAUGCAGAGUUGCUUGAAAUGUUAUUACAAGAGAAGCUGCAUAUUUGGCUUCUACACAAAUCUGCCAAAGAUGAUAAAGGUCCCAAUAUCUGGGAUGAAGAGGGGCAGGGCGUGCUGCAUCUAGCAGCUGCUCUUGGUUAUGAUUGGGCUAUAGAACCAACAGUGACUGCAGGUGUCAAUAUUAACUUCAGAGAUGCACAUGGGUGGACUGCAUUACACUGGGCAGCUUUUUGUGGCAGGGAGCGGACAGUUGGUGCUCUCAUUACAAUGGGUGCAGCACCUGGUUUAUUGACAGAUCCAACCCCUGAGUUUCCUUCAGGAAGAACACCUGCAGAUUUGGCAUCUGCAAAUGGUCACAAAGGCAUUGCUGGUUUCCUGGCAGAAUCAUCUUUGACUAGCCAUCUUUCUUCCCUCACUUUAGACCCAAAGGGCAGUGAUAUAGCAGACGUUGCCAGCUUGACAGGCAUUGAUGAUGCAGAACAGAGAGCUCUUGCAGUUGCUGAUGGAGAUAUGCAGGCUGGACUUUCGCUGAAGGAUUCAUUGAGUGCUGUUCGUAAUGCUUCUCAAGCUGCAGCUCGCAUUUACCAAGUCUUUAGGGUGCAAUCAUUUCAUAGAAAGAAAAUUGAGUCUGGAGGUGACAAGUCCGCUAUGUCAGAUGAGCGAGCGCUUUCACUUCUAUCUAUCAAGUCACAAAAAACAGGACAUUCUGAUAUGCCUAUGCAUGCUGCUGCCAUUCGUAUACAAAACAAAUUUAGAGGAUGGAAAGGGAGGAAAGACUUCUUAAUUAUUAUGCAACGGAUAGUCAAGAUCCAGGCUCAUGUACGAGGUCAUCAAGUCAGGAAGCGUUAUAAAAAAUUUGUGUGGUCAGUAGGAAUUGUGGAAAAAGUUAUACUGCGCUGGAGACGUAAAGGAAGUGGGUUACGUGGAUUUCGGUCUGAAGGCGUUUUGGAGGGCACUUCCAUGCAAUGUCAUCUUGCUAAGGAGGAUGAUUAUGAUUUCCUGCAAGAAGGCAGAAAACAGACAGAGGCUAGGAUGCAGAAGGCACUUGCGAGGGUGAAGUCUAUGGUUCAAUAUCCAGAAGCUAGAGAACAAUACCGAAGGCUUCUAACUGUCGUUACAGAAUUCCAGGAGUCUAAGGCUUUGCAAGAAAGCAUUAUGGAUGUAUCAGAGGAUGCUGCAGAUGCUCAUCUCAUGGUUGAGCUGGAAGAAUUAUUGGAAGGAGACACAGUAAUGCCAACUGUUUGAGAAGGGUCAUCUGAAUAAACUCAUCUAAACAUUUUCAUAUUAGCACCUCGAGUCCAUUAACUGCUACUGUAAAUCAUCCUUUACUAAUCAUGAGAAAUUAGAUACAUUUUAAGUAUUAGCAUUUGUACUACAUGUGUGUAACUGAUUUAUGAUGAACUUGAGUGUAGUUUGUCUCAUGGACAGAGCUGAGAGUUGUAUAGAAAGUGUCAUUUGUACCAUGGAGCAAACUAAGAGCUGCAUACUGGAUUAUGAUUUGCUUUGUCUGCAUUAUUGUUGGUUCUUUUA